AUGGCGGCGCCCAGAUACCCUACGCCGCUACAUGGGCACGUGGGGCACGGGCCGUUCAGCGAGGUGUACGAGCCCGCCGAGGACACAUUCCUGCUGCUGGACGCGCUCGAGGCGGCGGCAGCUGAGCUUGCUGGAGUGGAAAUAUGCCUUGAAGUAGGUUCAGGAUCUGGAGUGGUAUCAGCAUUCCUUGCCUCAAUGAUAGGUCCUCAGGCAUUGUACAUGUGCACUGACAUCAAUCCUAAUGCAGCUGCUUGUACCCUGGAAACAGCACACUGUAACAAAGUUCAUAUUCACCCCAUAAUUACGGAUUUGGUCAAAGGCUUGCUACCACGGCUGAAGGGAAAGGUUGACCUUUUGGUAUUUAAUCCUCCCUAUGUGGUGACUCCUCCUGAAGAGGUGGGAAGUAAUGGAAUAGAGGCAGCAUGGGCAGGAGGCAGAGAUGGUCGACAAGUCAUGGACAGGUUCUUCCCACUGGCUGCAGACCUGCUUUCACCAGGAGGAUUAUUCUAUCUAGUUACCAUUAAAGAAAACAAUCCAGAAGAAAUUUUGAGAACAAUGAAGACAAAAGGCCUCCAUGGAAACAUGGCACUUUCCAGACAAGCAGGCCAAGAGAUCCUUUCAGUCUUGAAAUUCACUAAGUCCUGA